UGACAACAUCCUUUUCCCGAUUGACCAACAGCAACCUAUGGCACCAAAACCAAAGGGCAGGGAUCAUAACCCCAGCGGUCUCGGACGCGCAAUUCAGAAUCGCAAGGCCAAGGAUGCAAGGAAAUUCAUAGAAAGUGGAAUGUACACUACCGAUCUCGAUUCAACGUCACGGCUCAAGUCCGUAACUCAAGAGAGAGACCUUGACGAAUUCUUCAACACAGCACAGCUUGCCGAAACGGAUUUCACUGCAGGACGCAGGAAUGUGAAGAUUAUUCCCCAAUCGACUAACUUGUCUCAGAAUCCCUACCUUCUGUCAGAACAAGAGGAGAAGAGGACUCUCCAGAAACAUAAUGAGAACAAGCAGAGAUUGAGGGUUCCGAGAAGACCACCCUGGAUAAAAUCAAUGACAACUGCGGAGCUGGAAAGGCAGGAGAAGGUUGCGUUUCUGGAUUGGCGUAGAAGUCUUGCCGUUCUUCAGGAGGAAGAAAAUUUCCUUCUCACCCCAUUUGAGCGGAAUCUCGAAGUAUGGCGACAGCUAUGGAGAGUAAUGGAGAGAUCCCAUCUGGUAGUUCAAAUCGUCGACGCUCGUAAUCCUUUACGAUUUCGUUGUGAGGACUUGGAAGAUUAUGUGCGAGAUAUAGAAGGUCCAGAAGGAGAAAAAGGAACUGGUAAAGGGUUACGUCUGAGUCUUUUACUCAUUAACAAGGCCGAUUUGUUGACUGCUAAGCAACGCCUUCAAUGGGCAAAUUAUUUUGACUCACAGUCUAUUCGAUACGCGUUCUUUUCCGCAGCCAAUGCGUCCGCCUUACAACAAGCACGAAAACACGCUCUUGGUGUUGAAGCGGACACACCACCAUCGCCGUCCGGUACCGAUGAAGAGGAGGGAGAAGCGGGUGUGGAUGUUGACGAAGAGGAGUCAGAGGAAUCGGACACCUUGGACCAUUUCUAUCCGGCGGACGAAGACACAGGGGAAGAGGAGGACAUCCAAGAUCCUCGAAUAAAGGUUCUGUCGGUGCUAGAGUUGGAACAACUAUUCAAAGAAAUGGCACCCGAUCGCUCAGCUUUUGCUGAUGCCAAUGGCAACUCUCCUACAAAGACUGUAAUCGGUCUUGUCGGAUAUCCAAAUGUCGGGAAAUCGAGCACAAUUAACGCUCUUCUAGGUGAAAAAAAAGUCAGCGUUUCUUCAACACCAGGAAAAACGAAGCAUUUCCAGACCAUCCACUUAUCUGACUCUACGAUAUUGUGCGACUGUCCUGGGCUUGUAUUCCCACAGUUCGCUACCACCAAAGCGGAACUGGUAUGUGACGGUGUUCUGCCAAUAGACCAGAUGAAGGAAUACACCGGUCCGAUAUCUUUGGUUGUUCAACGAAUACCGAAAGAUGUGUUAGAGGCCACGUAUGGUUUGUCUGUCCAAGUGAAGGGUAUCGAAGAAGGGGGUGAUGCACGUAUAAGAGCAGAGGAUCUUUUGGUAGCAUACGCUAUCGCACGCGGAUACAUGCGAUCGGGACAGGGAAACCCAGACGAAGCCCGUGGAGCAAGAUAUGUCCUUAAAGACUACGUCAACGCCAAACUCCUGUUCUGUCACCCACCUCCCGGAGUAGAACCGAAGCUCUUUAACGAGCGAACCCACCAAAUUCAAUUACGCCGAGUUGCUGGCAAGAAACGGGCGCCCGUAACUCGUGUUGGGAAAGAAGCCGAUACAUACGUGGCUACGCAACCACAACCACUAUCACAAGAGCACGGUGGUGGUGGUGGUGGUGGUGGUCAAGGAACCAAAUCCCGCGCUCUCGACCAAGAGUUUUUCAACGACCAAUCCAUCGGUGUAUACGCCAAAGGUAUCCACGCUGGGAGAGGGCCUGAUUUCUCUCGCCCCAAGUCAUUUCCACACCAAAACGCUAUGACGAACGGUGGUGUAGCUGUUGCACCCAAACACGCCAGAAUGGCAGCUAUACUCGCUAGUCAGACGCAGGACGGUAGUAAAAAACAUAAGAAACCCAAACGCGUGAAGCAAAGGAGUGGAAAGGGGUAUGAUUGA